AUGAUAGCUAGCAAUGUUGUGAAUUCACCACAAACUCGUUCACGUAUCCUAGCAUUAUAUCGUCGAAUAUUUCGUAUUGCUCGUACAUGGCAAGCAAAUUCUGGUCUACCGGAAGAUUCAGCACGUGAAGCUGAUUAUAUGAAAGAGGAAGCAAGAAUUUUAUUUCGUCAAAAUGCACAUGUUACAGAUGUGAAAGAAAUUGAAAAUUAUAUUAAAGAAGCUGAAACAAGAAUUGAAUUGACAUUACACUAUGGGACACCAUAUCCACGUUUAAUUAAUUUACCAUCAAAUACUUUAGUUGCACAUAUGACUUCCUCAUCUGGUGGGAAUGAUGCCGUUAACCCUAACAAUGUUAAUGAAAAGAAUGUGCCUGAAAAACGUCGAAUAUCACGACGAACUGAACGUGCAUUAUAUGAAUCAAUUCCAGCUUAUUUAAAAUCAUAUACUUAUAGACCGAAAAAAUAAGAAUAAUGAAUAUAUAUAUUUUUCUUUUUCAAUAAUAUGUAGAUAAUUCAUUCAUUUUACAUAGAAAGAGAAGUAUGCUUG